UCUACCAAUAGGUCUCUUUGCCCAGACGACUGCUGUUGUGUUAUGUAAGAGCGGUAUGCAUACUCCGAGCAUUGCACUGAGACCCCAGUAGUCGACCGCGUGCCAGAGACCGUGCGCAUUUUGUGCGGCUAAGUUUUCCUCCCAUCGGCCCAGUCGGUUCUGUGUCCGGACAACAGUAUAGUGUAGUGAACCCUGUGUCAUGGGGUUGAUCCCACCCUUGUGGACGUUUCUGGUGGCAUGCGGUAUCGCAGGAGUGGCGGUUGUCGGAUAUCCGGUGCCGGUCGAUCGCGGAUGCGUCCUCCGCAAGCACUCCGGUCCACAACAGUCCAUAGGACUGACCAUGCUGACCGACCUGUUUGGCGAAAUGCUUAUGACUGAAUCUAAUGAAAAAACCUACUACGUGUCGAUAUGUCGAAGAAUACCACUCAAUGGUUCCACAAGUUUAGCUGGAGCUGUGAAAUUCAAUCCUAAUGGAGAAUACGUCGUUUUGGGUCAAAUUGAUCAAGCCGAUGUCGUUGUAAACGAGAAAACUAUCGUUCUUACGUACACUGGAGGUGAUGUUAACACUGAUUUAGACAACGAAUGCAGAGGCAACCGAUGGAAGACAUAUCUCACUUUUAUCUGCAACCCAUACGUGAUUGAUGAUACCCUGACGUUAGUGGACGAAGAUCCAGAUCAGCCUGAGAUAUGUCAGAUAAGAUUUGAAAUACCAACGUCAAAAACAUGUCGACGGAACUCAAGUGUUGCCGUAGGAGUUCCUAUUAUAUAUAAUAAACGCAAUAAUUUGCCGUUUGAUUCACACAUCAACGUUACUCAAAAUAAUAAUAUAAUCAAUAAGGUAAACAAGGAGAAUUUUAACAAGUAUCAACAUGAUGAAAUGGAAUACUAUCAAAAUAAUUCAAAUUACACCCAACAAGAUAGUUUAAGAAUUCGAGAAAUCAAUAUUAGAAAAACGCAUCCGAAUGCUUUCGAGUACGUUCAUUCAAAGUUACAAAAUAGCUCUCGUCGAUUGUUUUUAAACGAGAGUGCUAAUAAUAGAAUGUAUAAGAAUGAUCCGAAUGUGCCAAAUCGUACAAACGGUUCAUUCGUCUUGAACCGUCAUAGUUUUUACGAAGAUGAUAAAUCGAUGCAUAAAGUGAAUGGUCCAAAUGAAAUCCUGGAACAAUACGAAGACUCACGCCAAGACUUUUUGAAUUAUAAUCGCCAACUAUAUGAAAACAGAAGGUUGAUUGCGGAGAAAGACACUUCUAAAUUCAUCAAGGACAUGGAAAACCGGCACGAUACAUCACAAAGAAUUAAUCCUUUUUACAAAAAUAAUCAACUUGUUGGCGUACAUUCUGAUAAUUUGUCUCCUGAAAAUUGGUUUCAAAAAAUGGAGAGUGAAGUCGUACGAAAAAACAUAGAAACACAACAUUACAUGGAAUAUGUCAAUAAAAAUCGUUUCAAUAUAUCUCAUGAUUACAAUUUCAGUAAUAACUAUUACGAAUAUAAUAAUUCUUCGGCAAGAAUUGUCGACAAGUGGUUACGACUUUAUAACGAAACGCAAAUGCGUGGUGUAAGCCCGAGUAAUGAUCAUGAAAGCUUCAAUAAAAACCAGGCAGCUAACAAUAAUUUUUUCAUGAAUAUUUUAUUCAACGUCAAACGGUUAUGGAAUGGUUUGUACAAAAGUAAGAGUCCACCUGAAGCGAAAAACGGUGUGCAAAACCACGACGAAAUUCAAAACUUCGAGCUUGAUAACGAACAGUCGAAGAAUCGUUAUGAACAAUAUUCUUACUACAUGAAUAACAAUAAAAAUAAUACAAGAGAUGAAAAAUCGACUUAUAAGCUAAAUGAUCCAAACGGAAUUCCGGGACGAAUCGAAAACUCACGCCAAGACUUUUUGAAUUAUAAUCGCCAACUAUAUGAAAACAGGAGAUUUAUUGCGGAGAAAGACACUUCCAAAUUCAUUAAGGACAUGAAAAACCGGCACGAUACAUCUCAAAGAAUUAAUCCUUUUUACAAAAAUAACCAACAUGUUGGCGUACAUUCUGAUAGUUGGCUUAAGAAAAUGGAGAGUGAAGUCGUACGAAAAAAUAUGCUUGGUAACGAACUGUUCAAGAAUCGUUAUGAAGUGCCCGAGAAAGAUUAUACCUCUUUUACCAAUUAUUCGAUUAAUAAAGAGUACACCCCAUACAAUCACAAAAGUACAUACAGAACAAAUGAACCGGUUUAUACCGACUUUGAAAACCGUCGAGAACCCAAGAAAAGCGGUUACUACAACACAAAUGAUACAGACUAUUGGAAUAAACCAAAUGAUUCAAAGUUGCAUUCCGAUUAUUUCGGAAAUGAUCGAAAUUUAACAAAUAUUACCUACAGCAAAAUUGAAUCUCAUCGUGAAAUGAAAGACGCCAAUGGACGUCCUAAUUACAAUGCUAACAACAUUACCACUAAUAAUAAACCAAAUUAUGAAAACAGCAUGUAUCCGAGUGAUUACACCCAGAUUUUGAAUGAAGAUAAUCGUCCAGAAUAUAAUAGAACCGGUGAAAACUACAAUAAUACUCAACAUUUAGUCUCUGAUCAUCAAACAACAACUGUUACUAAUAAUUCGUAUCCCAACAAUAUAAAACAUAAUAAUGGAAAUAACUUAAAUAAUAUUGUACAACAAAAUAUUAGUUCUAAUGAGAAUAUCAAUAGCUCUGGAACUAAGAAUGACCAUUCGAUAUCAUCACAAGCUGAUAACUCUAAACUUGAUAACACAACAGUUGAAAAUAAAAUUCAAACAAGUAAUUCUUCGGAAUCAAAUAAGAAUGGAACACCUGUCAACAGCAAAAAUUAUGAAGUAGGUUUGAAUCAAUCAAACUCUAGUAUAAACAACAACAGUUAUGAAAAUUUGAAUCAAUAUAAUGCCAGUGUAAACAAUAACAAUUAUGACAAGAACUCAAGUCAGUCUAAUACUAGUAUGAAUAACAACAGUUUUAAGAAUUCAAAUCAGUCUGAUGUUAGUAUAAUUAACAAUGGUUAUAAUAACUCAAAUCAGUCCAACGUCGGUGUAAAUAAUGAAAAUUAUAACAAGAAUUCGAAUCAGUCUAAUGCUAGUAUGAACAACAAUAAUUAUAAGAAUUUUAAUCAGUCUAGUGCUAGUAUGAACAAUAAUAGUUAUGAGAACUCGAAUCAGUCUAAUACUAAUAUAAAUAACAAUAAUUAUAAGAAUUCGAAUCAGACUAAUGCUAGUAUGAACAAAAAUAAUUAUAAGAAUUUAAAUCAGUCUAGUGCUAGUAUGAACAAUAAUAGUUAUGAGAAUUCGAAUCAGUCUAACGCCGAAGUAAGUAAUGAUAAUUAUAACAAGAAUUCGAAUCAGUCUAACGCCGAAGUAAAUAAUGAUAAUUAUAAUAAGAAUUCGAAUCAGUCUAACGCCGAAGUAAAUAAUGAUAAUUAUAACAAGAAUUCGAAUCAGUCUAACGCCGAAGUAAAUAAUGAUAAUUAUAACAAGAAUUCGAAUCAGUCUAACGCCGAAGUAAAUAACGAUAAUUAUAACAAGAAUUCGAAUCAGUCUAACGCCGAAGUAAAUAAUGAUAAUUAUAACAAGAAUUCGAAUCGGUCUAACGCCGAAGUAAAUAAUGAUAAUUAUAACAAGAAUUCGAAUCAGACGACAGCCAGUAUAAACACCAAAAAUAAUGUGAAUAAUGUAAAUCAAGCAAACUCCAAUGAAAAUAAUGAUGUGAAGAAUAGUAAUCAACCAACCACCAGUACAAAUAACAACAAUUAUCAAAAUAACUCAAAUCAGUCCAUUGUCGAUUCCAGUAAUACAACGGCAAAUGUUGAUACUGAGGAAACUUUAAAAAAUAAACAUACAAAUAAGACGGUGAAUAAUACUAGCAGUGUUGAAUCAGUUACAGAUAAAAAUAAUACUACUGCAGCUAUUUUAAUAACGAAAAAUAAAGGGAAUAGUCAACAAAAGGUAAACGAUACUACGCCAAUGCAUGUUGACAAUAGCAGUAUUAAGCCUACCAAUAACAGUACUAAUACUACAUCAAUAGAAGACAAAACUGAGAAAAGUAAAACAAAUCAAACAGGAUUAAUUAAUACCCAUAACGGAAAUAAUACGUCGAAUAAUGCAACAGUUGAGAGUAAAAUAAAUAAUAUUGAGAGUGGAAUUAAUAAAAUAACAAAUGGACCCAUUAGUGCGGACCAAUCGACCACGACAGAAGACAGCAACACUGCGAAAGUACUCAGUAAAACUAAAUCAGACAAUACAAAUGAUAAACAGUCGAAAAUUAUGAGUUUUGCUUCGAAAAUAAUCCCGAAAUCUGUAAUAACUAUAAUUGGGUCGAUAGUGGUCUUACCAGUAGCCUAUUUUACAAUAGGUACAGGAAUUAAUAGAUUCGUCCGUGGCAUUUCAGGACCGGGUCAAGUACCUCACAGCGAAGGAAUACAAAAUGGCAUUUCAUUUUUAAAAGACUUACUGCCGAAAAAAUAUGGAUACGAGAAUUUGGAAAAAUCUACUGAAGUCAACGAAAAAACCCCACUAAUAGGACCAACAAAUUCAAAAGAAACUUCAAAUGAAGAAUCAAAUUCAAAACAAGAUGAUCGGUACCAAGGAUCUGACGAAAAUGAUUACACCAAAGAUCAAAAAGAUAACAAUAGAAACGAAGGGAAACACAACGAAAAUUUAAAUAGCCUAUCAACAGAUAGUAAUUCACCUAAAUCCAAACAACAGAAGAAAAAGAAAAAACGCAAAAAGAGAAGCGUAAAUUCAGAUACAACAGAUUCAGACGAUAACUCACAAAAUGGCGAUGUAAAAGUAGUACAAAAAAAAAGCAAUGGAAAAUUAAAUCAAACGAAAGAAAAACCACAGCAAAGCAUGAAAAUUGAUAAUACUGAUGAAAGUACAACAAUGAAGAUACUAAAGCAUACAACAAUAGCUCCAAUAGCAACAAACUCUGUCACAUCGCCACCAAAACAAAAUCAUUCAACAUUAGAAUUAAAUUUCCCCGACAAUGAUAUCCUAAAAGUAAAAGAUAUAAGGGAAAAUAACGAAAGUAAUUUCCCAAACAAGAAAAUUCCAUCCCCGUUAAAUGGAUCUAGUAACAGUGAAGAAGACGAACUCAUAGAAGUGGACAAGGAUCAUCACGGAAAACGAGAAGAAAUCACUUCCGAAGUCUCAACCGUAUCAACAUCUGUCCACGGUGAACGGAAAAAAUCAGCAGUUGCCACGACCACUGAGAAGAGUGAAGUAUCAGCUGACGUGUCGGGUGAAUCAAUAAUCCAUAAGGAAAACGAAAAACACGUCUCCAAUGAAGGCAAACCACACGGCUUCCACAUCGGUUUGGGCCACGGUGGUUUGAACAUUGGUGUAGGAGACAAGAAGAUCGGAUUGGGUUUGUCCGGCAUUAAAGUUGGUAAAGAAACCGAGCAAGAAAAAGAAGACGAAUUUAUAGAAGUAGACAAGGCUGGCGUCAAGAUCAAAAAACCGCAUCAUCACGGGAAAACUGAAGAAGAAAUCACUUCCGAAGUCUCAACCGUAUCAACAUCUGUCCACGGUGAACGGAAAAAAUCAGCAGUUGCCACGACCACUGAGAAGAGUGAAGUAUCAGCUGACGUGUCGGGUGAAUCAAUAAUCCAUAAGGAAAACGAAAAACACGUCUCCAAUGAAGGCAAACCACACGGCUUCCACAUCGGUUUGGGCCACGGUGGUUUGAACAUUGGUGUAGGAGACAAGAAGAUCGGAUUGGGUUUGUCCGGCAUUAAAGUUGGUAAAGAAACCGAGCAAGAAAAAGAAGACGAAUUUAUAGAAGUAGACAAGGCUGGCGUCAAGAUCAAAAAACCGCAUCAUCACGGGAAAACUGAAGAAGAAAUCACUUCCGAAGUCUCAACCGUAUCAACAUCUGUCCACGGUGAACGGAAAAAAUCAGCAGUUGCCACGACCACUGAGAAGAGUGAAGUAUCAGCUGACGUGUCGGGUGAAUCAACAAUCCAUAAGGAAAACGAAAAACACGUCUCCAAUGAAGGCAAACCACACGGCUUCCACAUCGGUUUGGGCCACGGUGGUUUGAACAUUGGUGUAGGAGACAAGAAGAUCGGAUUGGGUUUGUCCGGCAUUAAAGUUGGUAAAGAAGCAGAGCAAGCAGAAGAAGACGAAUUUUUAGGAUUAGACAAGGCUGGCGUCAAGAUCAAAAAACCGCAUCAUCACGGGAAAACUGAAGAAGAAAUCACUUCCGAAGUCUCAACCGUAUCAACAUCUGUCCACGGUGAACGGAAAAAAUCAGCAGUUGCCACGACCACUGAGAAGAGUGAAGUAUCAGCUGACGUGUCGGGUGAAUCAAUAAUCCAUAAGGAAAACGAAAAACACGUCUCCAAUGAAGGCAAACCACACGGCUUCCACAUCGGUUUGGGCCACGGUGGUUUGAACAUUGGUGUAGGAGACAAGAAGAUCGGAUUGGGUUUGUCCGGCAUUAAAGUUGGUAAAGAAACCGAGCAAGAAAAAGAAGACGAAUUUAUAGAAGUAGACAAGGCUGGCGUCAAGAUCAAAAAACCGCAUCAUCACGGGAAAACUGAAGAAGAAAUCACUUCCGAAGUCUCAACCGUAUCAACAUCUGUCCACGGUGAACGGAAAAAAUCAGCAGUUGCCACGACCACUGAGAAGAGUGAAGUAUCAGCUGACGUGUCGGGUGAAUCAACAAUCCAUAAGGAAAACGAAAAACACGUCUCCAAUGAAGGCAAACCACACGGCUUCCACAUCGGUUUGGGCCACGGUGGUUUGAACAUUGGUGUAGGAGACAAGAAGAUCGGAUUGGGUUUGUCCGGCAUUAAAGUUGGUAAAGAAACCGAGCAAGAAAAAGAAGACGAAUUUAUAGAAGUAGACAAGGCUGGCGUCAAGAUCAAAAAACCGCAUCAUCACGGGAAAACUGAAGAAGAAAUCACUUCCGAAGUCUCAACCGUAUCAACAUCUGUCCACGGUGAACGGAAAAAAUCAGCAGUUGCCACGACCACUGAGAAGAGUGAAGUAUCAGCUGACGUGUCGGGUGAAUCAACAAUCCAUAAGGAAAACGAAAAACACGUCUCCAAUGAAGGCAAACCACACGGCUUCCACAUCGGUUUGGGCCACGGUGGUUUGAACAUUGGUGUAGGAGACAAGAAGAUCGGAUUGGGUUUGUCCGGCAUUAAAGUUGGUAAAGAAGCAGAGCAAGCAGAAGAAGACGAAUUUUUAGAAGUAGACAAGGCUGGCGUCAAGAUCAAAAAACCGCAUCAUCACGGGAAAACUGAAGAAGAAAUCACUUCCGAAGUCUCAACCGUAUCAACAUCUGUCCACGGUGAACGGAAAAAAUCAGCAGGUGCCACGACCACUGAGAAGAGUGAAGUAUCAGCUGACGUGUCGGGUGAAUCAAUAAUCCAUAAGGAAAACGAAAAACACGUCUCCAAUGAAGGCAAACCACACGGCUUCCACAUCGGUUUGGGCCACGGUGGUUUGAACAUUGGUGUAGGAGACAAGAAGAUCGGAUUGGGUUUGUCCGGCAUUAAAGUUGGUAAAGAAGCAGAGCAAGAAAAAGAAGACGAAUUUAUAGAAGUAGACAAGGCUGGCGUCAAGAUCAAAAAACCGCAUCAUCACGGGAAAACUGAAGAAGAAAUCACUUCCGAAGUCUCAACCGUAUCAACAUCUGUCCACGGUGAACGGAAAAAAUCAGCAGGUGCCACGACCACUGAGAAGAGUGAAGUAUCAGCUGACGUGUCGGGUGAAUCAAUAAUCCAUAAGGAAAACGAAAAACACGUCUCCAAUGAAGGCAAACCACACGGCUUCCACAUCGGUUUGGGCCACGGUGGUUUGAACAUUGGUGUAGGAGACAAGAAGAUCGGAUUGGGUUUGUCCGGCAUUAAAGUUGGUAAAGAAGCAGAGCAAGCAGAAGAAGACGAAUUUUUAGGAUUAGACAAGGCUGGCGUCAAGAUCAAAAAACCGCAUCAUCACGGGAAAACUGAAGAAGAAAUCACUUCCGAAGUCUCAACCGUAUCAACAUCUGUCCACGGUGAACGGAAAAAAUCAGCAGGUGCCACGACCACUGAGAAGUGUGAAGUAUCAACCGUAUCAACAUCUGUCUACGGUGAAAUGAACACAUCAGAGGGCGCUACGUUCACUCAGAAGAGGGAAUACAUUGAUUAUAUGGGGUCAGAUGACGAGGAUGAAGAUAUUUUUUAUGAGACAGAUGAUAACAUUAAAUAUGUCGAUGCAAUAUCGAACGAUGUGGAUUUAGAAGUCGGCAGUUAUAAAAUGUCAGGGGAGUCUGAAAGUUUAAAAUCUAGUGAGAGUAUAUCUGAACAGAAAACUAAACGGAAAAAACUUAGCUUACCUAAUUUGAAAUUGUUUAAAAGGUCGAAAUCGUAUUUAAAGGAGACUACUAGCACCGAUGAUAGUUCUGCUCAUGGAUCAAAAUCGGUAUCUCCCGGUGAGCUGAAAAAAUCAUUCAGUUUCAAAAGCCUUGGAAAAUUACGUUCUAAAUCAACUAUUGAAUCGCCUCAUUACCAUUAUUCUAAAGAUCUUUUAGCUGGUUUCAUUGACCAUGAAAGAGCGGCUUCUCAAACGCCGGAUGUAGUGCUUGACUCUUCCGGCGAAAGUGUCACAUCUCAUAAUAAAUUAGAAAAAAAAGAUAAAAAGAAGAAAAAAAAUAAAAUGAUAAACCUUUUUAAUAAUCAUUUGCUUUAAACUAGCCAUAUGUUCUUUAAAUAAUUACGUUAUUUAUUCUGUUUUCGUUAUUUACUAAAUUAUUUAAAAAUUUUCGUUACAUGUUUUUUAUAAUUUUUAUCCUUCAUUAAAAUGAUGAUACACUAUUUUUAUAAUUAAUUAUUUGCUUUAGCACUUUUUUUUAAAUUUAAUUGUACUGUUUUUUGGUGUUCCUUGUUUUGUUUAGUAGUUAAUAACUUUUUAAUGAUAUUUUACAAUUUUAAUUUUUAAUUUAUUGUAUUGUUAAUAAAUACAUAUUCGUAAUAAAUGUUUUGCGUGUUUAGUUAUCUGUUUUACAUUUAUUUUAAUAUGUUAGUUCUGUUGCAAACCAACGUGGUUGAAUUAAUAUUGUU